AUGUUGUAUGCAAAACGAUUGGCCUUGCUGCUGGCGACGUUGAUCCUUUUAUUAGCCAUAGAUACAUCAUUCAUCGAAGCAUGGCUGACAAGAUGGUGCUAUAUCAGCGGCGGUGGCAAUAGGUUGUCAUUUCUUUGUCGGAACCUCUUUUCUCAGCAGUCAGUGUACCUGUCUUCUUCGUUGCCAAUGAGCCAUCCCUACCAUCGUAUAGUUUUGUUUGGAGAUUCCAUCACACAGUUUAGCUUUGAUCCAGAGUUGAGCGGUUUUGGUGCUGGUCUUGCUCAUAGCUAUCAACGUCGCAUGGAUGUGAUGAAUCGUGGUUUCUCAGGAUACAAUACCAAAUGGGCUCUUCCUAUUCUACGUCAAUUGCUACCGACUGUCGAGCAACAAAAGCAGCAUGCGUCCCAAGUACAGUUAAUGACCAUCUUUUUCGGUGCCAAUGAUGCUGCAUUGCCAUUUUCCGAUCAGCAUGUUCCACUUGAGCAAUACAAGGAUAACCUUCGCAAGAUGAUAUCCAUGGUCAAAUCACCUGACUCUCCUUAUUACAAUCCAACGACGCGUCUCGUUCUUAUCACACCUCCUCCACUUGACGAAGCCCAAUGGGAAAAGAAUUGUGAUGGCCCCCUGAACCGGACCUUUGAAUCGGCUAAACAAUAUGCAGCAGCAGUACGUGAAGUGGCCAAAGAGUGCAAUGUGGUCGUGGCAGAUCUAUGGACUAUGCUUGUUGAAGAAUCGGGCGAGGCUCAUUUUGGAGAAUAUCUCAAUGAUGGACUACAUUUGAGUGCCAAAGGCAAUCGGGCUGUGCAUCAAUUACUGAUGAAAUUGAUCAAGGAACAUUUCAAUGAUAUUCAUCCAGACAACUUGCCGAUGGAGAUUCCAUGGUGGAGAAAUCUUUCACGCACCGAUUACGAGCAAGAGCUGCAAUUUCCUCUUUUGAAGUAA